AUGAAAUAUGUAGUGGAGGGCAUAUCGGAACCGUGUGCAGUCUGUGGUGACAAAUCAACGGGUACUCAUUAUGGUGUGGUUUCCUGUAACGGGUGUAAGGGGUUUUUUCGGCGAACAGUUUUAAGGAAUCAAAAAUUUAUUUGCCGUUUCAAUCAAGCAUGUGUUAUCGAUAAGAAUUUUCGUUGUUCUUGUCGAUAUUGCAGAUUUCAAAAAUGUAUUAGUGUGGGAAUGAAACGUGAAGCCAUAAUAUUGGAAUUACCACAAUUUACCGUUUUUUCAGCUAUACAGUUUGAACGUGAUUCGAUUGGUUCGCCAAAAAAACGAAAUAUUAAUCUAUUGUCUCAUGGUGCAACUCAUGGUCCAAAUGAGAUAGUAAGCACAUAUUCAAAUCAAGUUGAAGGAAAUAAUACGAGUUAUAGAAUGAAUAUAAUCGAUGUUCUUAUGGAAAUGGAAGCAAGAGUGAAUGAAGAAAUGUUCGCUAGACAUCGUGGGUCAAUAGCGUCUUCGACAUCAUCAUCAGCAAUUAAUUCCUCAUUCUCUAAUGUUUGUCGAGGUUCUUCAUCAGCAUUUACACAAACAUCUCGUCCAUAUACUAUUGAGGAACUCAAUGAAAUUUCGCGGACAACUUUGCUUUUAAUGGUUAAUUUUAAUUAUUCCAUUUUCUUGCCUUCAGUUAUGUUAGCUGGUCUAUUACCAGUCCCACAUAAUACUGUCGAAUGGGCCAAGAAUUUAUCUCCUUUUCCUGACUUGGCAAUGGAUGAUAAGAUCAUCUUAUUAAAAAAUUAUGCUCCCCAACAUUUAAUACUUUUGCCUGCUUUUCGCUCUCCUGAUUCGACGCGAGCGUGUCUCUUCAGUAAUACAUUUAUGAAUCAGAAUCAAAAUGAAUUUACUAGUUUUGCUGCAUUCAAGACGAGCAAUAUAACUCCUCGUGUUCUGGAUGAAAUUGUAUGGCCAAUGCGUCAAUUGCAUAUGAGGGAACAAGAAUUCGUUUGUCUUAAAGCUCUCGCUUUUCUUCAUCCUGAAGCUAAAGGACUUUCGUCCACUGCUCAACCGGUAAUUCGAGAUGCAAGAAAUAAUGUCUUAAAAGCAUUAUAUUCAUUUAUUGUUGAAAAUAUGCCAGAAGAAGCACCAACGCGUUAUGGAAAUAUUCUCUUACUUGCACCUGCACUCAAAUCGUUGACACAAUUGCUUAUUGACAAUAUGACGUUAACAAAAUUCUUUGGUUUGGCGGAGGUUGAUUCGUUGCUUUCAGAGUUUAUCCUGGAUGAUAUCUUUGAUCAAAAUGCAACUCCUGCUUCUUUGCAACAUCAUCUUACAUCAUCAUUUCCAACCACGUCAACAGCAAGCAUGACAAAUGAAACAGAUUCACAGCGUAAUGUUAUGACUGUCCUCUAA